AUGAAGGCCACCGGCAGGAUGCGUUGGCCGGCGCCGCUCGGAUCGACCGAUGCCAUCAAGGCCCUCUAUGACACGUGGAAGGCCGAGAACUGUGGUGCCAAUGAUGUCGUCGACGAUGAGGUCGCCGAAGAAGAAGACCUUGCAGAUCCUGCUGCCCCUUCGCCUGAUAGUCUAGAUACAAUAUCAUGA